AUGCAGACAGAGUCGAGCUCCCAUUUCAUUGCUGACGAAGACGAAGACGAAGUUUCCGAGAGCGAAUCGGCAACACUUACAUCAUCGCACAUGGCCGCGAGUAGCUCGUCGGCACCGGCUACACAUCUAUCUGAAACAGCCACAACCAAUACCCUCGCUCAUGGUUAUAGCACCUCCCGUGCCUCGAUCUCCAAGACAUUAGAUACAACACAUUCGACCUUGCUCUCAGACGCACUCUCUAGAGCUGAUGUCGUGCGUGCCAGCUCCGCGGCUGUUGUAUCGAGCGAGAUAGCUGAGCCUACGGUCACGACAACUACAGUCACAUCAACCAUCUAUAGACACCGCAGCUCCACAGCCACUGCUUCCAGGACACCGUCAUCGCACUCAUCCAGUCCAUUUGGAGCCAGUGCAUCGACCUGGAAGACUGCAAGGCCUUCAUCACAUCUGCCCCCCACAGUAUCAGCAACUCCUAUAAGCCCCUCUGCCAUUGGCCAUCCUGGGUCUACGACAGCCCAAUCUUCUACAAUUAAACAGACAUCAUCACAUCUCUUCCGCGGCUCCACGGCAGCCACGAACAUUGGGUCUACAGCGUCAUCUAGCCCUACCGUCGGUGUGAUCCGCACCUUACCAGGAGCCGGUUCUCCUGGUAUAUCUGCCGGAGCGCAUCAGAGUCCAACUGCAUCGCAGUCCAGUCAUACCAGUGUCCAUUUGACCUCGGGCACAAUCCGCAACACCCAUACAUCCAACACAUGGACCGUACAUCCCACAGCGGCGGCCUCUCACACAACUCCGAUAUCUCGCUCCCCGACUGCUUCACGGGUAUCAAUCACACACUCACCUUCCACCGGGAUACCAAUAACCAAGGGCCCCACGGUACCGGACGUAACAGGAACGGUAGUCUCCGGGACUGGAAUCAUAAUAAUUAUACCGGGGAAAUCAACAAGCCGGAACAUCACGAUCCCGUUGAGCCCUGACGAUAACAUUCCCUCAACGGGAACAGUAUCAAUGUCGACGACAAGCGUACCCCAAGUAACAACACCUGCCUGGGCCACCUCGCAAACAACCCAUGCCGUUAGCCCCCAUGCCCCGGGCUUGGUGACCGUCCAUUCCACCAGUACUGCGACCAAAGUCGUCACUGUUGAAUUGCCAAGGCCGACCACUACUACUACAUCUGUCGCUGUGCCAAGUGAGCGAACAGCUACGCAGGCUACCGCCAGUAAGAAGGCACCGGCUCCAGUAUCAGACAGCCCUGAUAAUGGAAGUUCUUUGGUUGUGAAUCCUGUUUCGCCGAUGUUUCUGACCGUGACGGAGACGAAGACGGUGACUGAGAAGACCGUUGAGACAAGAACCACGUUGAUGACUGUGACGACUACUGCGGGUUGA